UCGAAGCACGUGUUCACCAAAUUGGUGACGAAAUGUUUAUUGAGAUCGAAGCAAGGAACACGAUUAAACUGUACAUCUUUUAGCUGUUUCUAAUAUCUUGACACAUUGCCCGGUAAUUUUUGUUGGCCGUAAUGAAAUCUUUAUAGAAAUAAACACCAAAAUAGUUAAAUUAGGAGAACAAGCGAUUAAAAUGGCAGCCAAUUGGUCAACAUCCACAAACAGAAAGAGAUCAUCAGAGGGGCAUCAACAUGGUUUCAAGAAGAAAACUAAACCUAAUAAUAAUACACCAUGGAACAAAAAUCUAGCUACAAGUCUACCUAGAGAAUUGAAAGCUUGCAAGUUUGCAGAAAGUCGUGCUGCGGAGAUUACUGCGCUAACCAAGAAUGUGGAACAUAUUGGUAGUUGUCGAGUUGUUUUCCAAAAAUUACCCAGACAUUUACGUAGACGUGCUAUGAGUCACAAUAUUAAACGUCUACCUAGAAGAGUCCAGGAGCCUGCUAAAAUAGAGUACGAAGUACGGCCCCAAAAUGGUGGCAAGAAACCGAGUAGAAAACAUCGGAGAAGACCGAAGAACCUGUUAAUUGAUUACUACAGACGACAGCGUAAAAUAAAAUGGCUGGAGACCCACAUAUGGCAUGCUAAACGAUUCCAUAUGGGAGAGAAAUGGGGCUAUAGAUUAGCUGUAAGACCUACUGAUAGAAGCUACAGAGCAUGUUAUAGAGCCUCUGCUAAUCAUUGUCUACUACAGGAUGUAUCUUAUGAAUGUUGUAUAGAAGUUAUUGGUGGUGUUGAUUUAAUUAAAACAACUUUCACUCAUCUUAUGACGGUAGAUACAGGAACAACUAUUGGUGGUGCUGCUGUUAUUAAUGGUAAUCGAAUGGGUUAUAAUGUAUUAUAUCAUUACGACCAAUACCCUUAUAAGGCAAUCGGUAAAGUUUGUUUUCUAUGGAAACCCAAUGAUAACAAUAACGGUGUUGAUAGACAGUUGUGGAUUUGGUGUCACCCUUCAUACUACCAAGAAACGUGGAGAGAAAUUACCCAAGCAUUCAAAACGGAUGAUUUGGAAUUAGAAAACAAAAUGGUGGACGAUUGUCCGUUCGAUCAGCAGGUUCAAGUUGGCAAUGUUCAGAUCACCUCGUUAAAGGAUAAUUUGAUAAAAUUUCGAUUAACGGGUGCAUUGUCUCAGACUAUCCUCAUAGAUGCCUUAAAGCCUGCAGACGUACAAUCAAAAGAAGCGGUAAAAUAUUGGUGGCAGACGUAUUAUGAUAACGAUAUAAACAUCUCGCAGCAUAAACAUCAGAUUGCAGGGUGGACAGAUUUAAUGAGCUGUCAAUCACCAGCAGAAGUAUCGCCUAAUAUGGUAUUGUCACUAACAGUUAGAGAUCCAAGACUUUCUAUUCCAGAUAUAAAAACAAAAGUGAAACCAAACCUUGAUGGUCUAACCACAACCGAUACAAAAAAUGUUGUAUCCUCUCCAGUGGUAGCACAAUCUCCAUUGUGGGAUGUUUCUAUACGGAAAGAUGUUAAAUCUACCAAACUGUCUGAAGCAGAAUUAAACAAACUCAGAUCAAACCAAGCUGUGCCAGGUACGCCGUUAAUACUGGGUGAUGCCGAGUCCAGAAUACCCAUUAUACUGAUACAGAGACCCGGACAACGAGAUUCCUCUAGCCAUAGCAUCUCUAGACAUGGUUUCGGCAGUGGGUGGGAUAUUAUUGUUCCGUCUGGAUGGGGGAUGGCCUUUCAUAUAGCAUUUAUGUAUCGUGGAUGUCGGGCGGGUGGCUUGCAGGAAGCAGAAAGUUUAGCCGCAGAAAUGGGACACUUCUACAUGCCAUUAGACUUUCCAGAAACAGUGGCUGGUCAGGCAGAGCAGGCAAAAAUUUCAGUUGCAUUGGAAGAAAAAUAUAAACGUUAUCCUCCCGACAAGAAACCUAACUUUGUCAAACUCGGUACUGCUUCUCCAUUUUCUCAGCCAUUCGAAAGUUUAAACGAAGCUUGGAGAAUUAAACAUGAGAAGAUCGGGGGAGUCGACGAAGCAAAGAAUCGAGAACUCAAUGUGUUGAGAAAUAAACGGGUUUUAAGAUUGAUUGCAAAGACGAUCGAACAAAAGUCCAAAAUGUUGACCUCAAAAUCUAUUGCUCAGAAUUUAAAUGCGUGCAUGAAGCAGUUGGAAAACUUAAUCAAGGACAGUGUUAACACUUUAGUGCCUGUACAAAUUAAGAUGGACUCUCGAGGCCUACCAUUGCGGUGUGCUGGAUUGUAUAUUCCAAAUUUAGAUGACUUGAGUAAAAUUAAACAGGAUCGAAAAUAUGGUGGUCCGAAGGAAAAACCUCACCCAGAUCCGAACAAAAACAAAUCAAAAGACAAAAAGCAAAGAAAUUCUGAAUUUAAGGCAUCGAAAGUUGGCCUGGAUGAAAACGAUCGCUCAGUGAUUGGUUUCAUGAAUUCUGGAAGAUUUAUCUUUGGGCAGGGUCAAGGUUCAGGAAUUGCUUUCUGCUCUCUGAUUGGUCUUUAUCAUUUAAUAAAAUCCAUUCCACAGGGGGAUAAAUUAAGGGUGCUAGUUCGUAAUCCUUCUUCACUUCAAUACAGGUUUGCAUCAGUGGUUAUUCUUGUCUGAGCUGAAUUGAUUGUAGGUGGGGAGUCAAGAAGUUGUAUCUGAACUCUACAGCGAUGAUGUGUGCAUAAUGAAUGACUUUGAAUAAUAAUAUUCUCAUCAGUGGAAUAUGUAGUAAGCUUUUUCAAGUCGCCAAAGAUUAACGCGCCUUUUUGUCAGACUGUAUCUAAUCUUUCACUACUUAUCAAAUGGAUUAUUUAAAUGGGCAUCAUGGGACAUUAUAUAAAGAGUUGACAAUUCUCACUAUAAUAGUUCAAAAAAUAGGUAAUGUGCUAGUGAUGGCAUUGAAAGUUGAUUAUGGCCUGGAUAAAUUAAUGUCUAAUAAAUAAAUAAAGAAAGGCCUGCAAUAGGCAGAUUUAGCUCUUGCAUAAUGUAUGUUUAACAUUUAAUUAAAAAAACAAAAUCAAGAAAAUGAGACCUGACAAUUGUACAGUAUGUCUUUAAAUAUGUAGGCUAUUUCCAUAACAAGUGUUUUCUAACAAGCUUCAUCAAAUUGGGUUUCAUUCAUGCACAAACUGUUGACAAGAAGAGAGGAUCAACUAGACUCUGCUUGAUGCUACCACCUCGGGGGUAAAACUUUGUCUUCAGAGGAUGCCAACAUUUUCAAUUGAUCAUUUCUUUGUAUAAUACUGAAUGGAAUUGAACAAUUUUUCGACUGAUAAUCCUGUUAGAUUCAACUUUCAGAAUAUUGUACAUGAUUAUAAUCAUCUGGGGCUUUAAUUAAAUGUUUUGUAAAUGAUGCUAUUACUAUAUUUAUUUUACAUGAUUUUGAAUUCAGUUUGUAAGGCUAAUGAAAUGUUAUAUCAGAGUUAUCCCUCAUGUUACUGGUGACCAGAUUACCGGACGGCUUAGGGCUAGAUCUAUUUCUUAAGGCCACUUCCAGAUUUCGUCAAGGUUUCUGAGAUGUAAAUAAGGUUAGGAGCACUUGUAUGUAGGGCAGGUGGUUGUUGACAAGAUAUGGGGUUACGGUAAGGGUUAGGGCUAGGUCCAGGGUUUGGAUUAGCGCUAGCCCUGUUUACAUCUUGUGACCCAUGACCAGAUCUAGAGGUGGACCUAUUUUACUUUAAUUGGGCUGUGUACAUCUCUCUCUAGAAUGGGAACCUUCACAUAGAGCUCAGGGCCCAGUUUCUCGAAAUCUUAACUAAAGAUAAAAUACAAUAUUAGUAGAUACUUCAAUUUUUAUUAUACGCCCGUAUAUUAUCGUCGCCCCCGUCUAGAGGCUAAAGUUAAUAUCUGAUUGACUUUAAAUUUAUACACAGUGUUUAAGGUCUUGAGACGAAGAAGUCUAUUGAUUUUCGGCCAUUUCCGAUAAUUACUGCCAGAGUUAUGGCCCUUGAUCACUUUGAAAAAUCUUGUGGACACUCUAGAGGCCAAAGUUAAUAUCCAAUUGACCUUAAAUUUAUACACAUUGUUUGAGGUCAUGAGACGAAGAAGCCUAUUGAUUUUCAACGAUUUCCGAUAAUUACUGCCAGAGUUAUGGCCCUUGAUCACUUCAAAAAAUCUUGUGGACGCUCUAAAGGCCAAAGUUAAUAUCCGAUUGACUUUAAAUUUAUACACAGUGUUUAAGGUCAUGAGAU